AUGCUCUUAACCAAUAUUAUCACGACAUCUGCCAUUUUGGGAGCAGCCUUGGCUGCUCCAGCUCCUCGUCACCAUCAGCACCAGCACAAGAGAGAUGAGGUCACCACCACUCUGCGUAAUGCUGUCACUGUGGUCGUCAACGGCGCUGCCCCAACUGCUGCUGCCCAACCAAUCGAUGAAUCUGCUGUUUUGAACAACAACGCGGAUGCUGCUACUACUCCAGUCACCACGACCCUGGCUCCAGCAAACACUGUCGCUCAACAGGCCACUACCCCAGCCCACACUGAAGAAACGGCAACCAGCACAACCGCUGCCGCCGCGCCUGUUUCGACAGGUGGUUCUUCCUCUUCCUCCUCCAGCAAUGUUGGUGCUGGCGGGGCCAAGGGUAUCACCUACUCCCCAUACAAUGGCGAUGGUUCCUGUAAAAGUACCUCGCAGGUCGCCUCUGAUUUGGCCCAAUUGACCGACUACGGUCUUAUCAGAUUGUACGGUGUCGACUGUGACCAAGUCGCCAAUGUCCUUCAAGCAAAAUCUUCCUCUCAAAAGUUGUUCUUGGGGAUCUUCUACGUUGACCAGAUCCAAAAUGGGGUUGACACCAUGAAGGCUGCCAUCGACCAGUACGGUUCCUGGAGUGACGUCGACACUGUCUCCGUAGGUAACGAACUUGUUAACGGUGGUCAGGCCUCUACUGGCCAAGUUGGUCAGUACAUCUCCACUGCGAGAUCUGCUUUGCAAAGUGCCGGUUACUCUGGUCCAGUUGUCUCUGUGGACACAUUUAUUGCUGUCAUCAAUAACCCUGACUUGUGUAACUACUCAGACUACAUGGCAAUCAACGCACAUGCCUACUUCGACCAAAACACUGCCGCUGAAAAUGCGGGUCCUUGGGUGUUGCAACAGAUUCAAAGGGUCUGGACUGCCUGUGGCGGUAACAAAGAAGUUGUUGUUACCGAAUCUGGGUGGCCAUCUCAAGGUCAAACUUAUGGUGUUGCUGUUCCAUCUAAGGAAAACCAAGCUGCCGCUAUCUCAUCUAUCAAGGACACAUGUGGUAGCUCUACUGUUUUGUUCAAUGCCUUCAACGAUUACUGGAAGGCUGACGGUUACUUGGAUGUUGAGAAAUACUGGGGUAUUUACGGUAACUGA